AUCAGCAUCAGCAUCAUACGCACAGUCCAUACCUCCCUAUCCGUGCUGUUCCGUUCUGCUGAUGUGUGGAGGAUCGCGGCAUUAUCCUCAGGUACCUACUGCUGCCCUUGCGGAAUGAACAGAUCGACCGCCUUGGUCGAGUCACUGGAGUGUGAUUCAUUUCUAUCAGGCGACAUCGCGUCGGCGCCGUAAUGUCCAGGUUGGAAGUGCCUCGGGGCCCGUCCGAGCCAGUACGACUAACGGAGGACGAUGGGACGACCAUAUUGCCGACUUCGCGACUGCCGGGCGUGGACUUUGGAGCCCACCUCCAUGGCGACCGUGAGACUGGACAGGCCGUGGAGGAGGUCGAGGCACCGCUCGAAGAAGGACAAUCCGACGUUGCAGAAGAUGCGAGACAUGUCGACGCUGCGAGAUACAGGAACAACGUCGUGAAGAGCAGUAGCAACACCGAAUCGAGCCAGCGAGCAGAUACCGGUACAAUUGGCUCAGACUUGAAAAGAGCAAGCACCGCACCAGCACACAGACCGAGAGCUCCGGAUCGAAGCGCUACACUCCUGAGGGCUAUGCGUAGGCGGCAACAGCCCUAUCAAUACCAAUUCGAUCCCAUGUCUUCCGACUCCGAUUCCAGCUCGAGCGACGAAGAAGCGGAACGAUUGGCUGCGAGAAAUAAGAAAACGAAGCACGUCCAGAGCAAAGAGGAGGAAGAAGAGCAGAAGCGGCUGAAGAAGGAUGAGAAACGAGGGCACUCAUUCGGAAAGUUCAAUUUGGGUAACGAACACUUCAAGUCCAAGGGCAAAGUCUCGAAAAAGGACGGACGUCUGAACAUCUCUGUCAAUGAGGCGAGCCGCGGCUACAUCGCGAAAGCCCUGGGUCACAGUCUCACGCACCAUCUGGAUAUUCCGAAUCGGUCAGGAGGGGGGCACAAACAGCGACGGUAUGAUGCACAGCAUCCAGAGAAUGAUGCCAAAUCCAUUGCUUCCACCGUCCCUCCCGAGGCAUACAAAGUGCGAAUGAACAUCGUCAUCAUUAUCAUUGGGAGUCGCGGCGACAUUCAACCUUUUAUGAAGAUUGGCAGGAUCUUGAAGGAGGAAUAUGGCCAUCGAGUGAGGCUCGCGACACAUGCUGUAUUUCGCGAGUUUGUGGAGAAGGAGAGCGGGUUGGAGUUCUUCAGCAUUGGCGGCAAUCCAUCCGAGCUGAUGGCUUUCAUGGUGAAGAAUCCUGGUAUUAUACCCAGUUUUCAGACCAUCCGCGAAGGUGAGGUCAAGAGGAGACGCGAUGGCAUGGCGGAGAUGUUUGAUGGCAUGUAUCGUGCUUGUGUCAACGCGACGGACGACGAGAAAGACAAGCUGAAUAUGAAGCUCUUGGGUAAUAAGGCUCCUUUCAUCGCAGACGCCAUCAUCGCCAACCCCCCUUCGAUGGCGCACGUACACAUUGCUGAACGUCUGGGCAUACCACUGCAUAUCACGUUCACAUUUCCCUACACGCCAACGCAGGCGUUCCCUAGUCCGCUCGCCAACGUCAAGCCUGGCAAGUCCAAUGUGGACCCGAAAUAUAGCAAUUUCAUGAGCUAUCCACUGGUGGAAAUGAUGACAUGGCAAGGACUGGGUGAUAUCAUCAACAAGUUUCGAGUGAAGACGAUGGGUCUGGAGCCAGUCAGUUCGCUUUGGGCACCAGGAGCUCUCUACCGUAUGCAUGUACCCUAUACCUACAUGUGGAGUCCAUCGCUGGUGCCGAAGCCGUCGGAUUGGGGGCCAGAGAUUGACAUUUCCGGCUUCGUUUUUCUGGACAUGGCCAAGAAUUUCAAGCCACCAAAAGACCUCGAGGACUUUCUGAACGCUGGGCCGCCUCCGAUAUACAUCGGAUUCGGUUCGAUCGUGGUUGAUGAUCCUAAUAAGUUCACCGACAUGAUCUUCGAGGCGACCAAGAUCGCAGGAGUACGUGCUCUGGUCAAUAAAGGCUGGGGUGGGAUCGGUGCAAGCAACGAUAACACUCCCGACAACAUCUUCAUGCUGGAGAACACGCCACACGACUGGCUCUUUCCACGAGUCAAGGCGGUGGUUCAUCAUGGUGGUGCUGGUACGACAGCUAUCGGACUCAAGUGUGCCAAGCCCACGAUGAUUGUGCCAUUCUUCGGAGACCAACCCUUCUGGGCAGCGAGAGUGGCUGCGGCAAAGGCUGGUGCAACGGAAGUCAUCCCAUGGAAGAAACUGACUGCGCAGAAGCUAGCGGAUGGAAUCAAGCAAUUGCUGACCGAAGAAGCGCAGCGUAAUGUGCAGAAGUUGGCUGAAGGCAUCGAACGGGAAGGAAACGGCGCUGCCAAUGCAGUGGCAUCUUUCCAUCAUUCACUCCCAUUGGCAGGCUCGCGAACCAUUCGGUGCUCGAUUCUGGAAGAUCGAGUGGCGCAAUGGAGAAUCAAGGGCUCUGCUGUGCGGUUGUCCGCCCUCGCCGCCGAGAUCUUGAUGGAGAAGGGCAAGAUCAAGGCGAGCGACCUUAAAUUAUUGCACAAGGUCGUCUGGAACGACUUCGAUGGUCCUGGUGAACCAGUGACUGGUGUCGCCGGUGCUUUGACGGAUUCGUUGGUCGGAAUUAGUUCUGGCGUGGGCAUGGUUCCGGUCCGGAUGGCGGAUCACAUGCGUAAGCGUGCAGAGCACGAGCGAAGGAAGGCUGCGCGUCAGAAACGUAAAGAGGAACGCAAGCAAGCAAAGUCCGACUCAUCGACUACUCCAGCCAAUGAUACCAAAGAGCAGGACUCCCACCGGCCGGGUGCCACACGAAUGGAGACGAACAACACCGUAGCAACAGACUUUUCGGCGGAUCCGACUCAGCCUGUGACUCGAGAGCUGGCAGGCGACGUGCACCAAGGCUUGAAGCAAUCAGCCUGGGCGUUCAUCACGAUGCCUAAUGACAUCCACAUGGCUAUUGCACAGGGCUUUCACAACGCGCCGCGUCUCUGGGGCGAUUCCACGGUCCGUAAACCAAUUCGAAUCACCGGCAUCAAAACCGGUGCCACAGCUGCCCGAAAAGAAUUCCUAUAUGGCAUCUAUGAUGCAUGGACUGGCCUGGUCACGCAGCCCGUAGGAGGCUUCAAGGACGGCGACACCAUUCCUGCCAAGCUCGGCGGCAUGUCCACGGGAGUCUGCAAAGGUUUGGGUGGCUUUGUCAUGAAGAAUGUCUCUGCGAUCGUCUCGCCCCCAGCAUAUUUAGGCAAAGGCUUUCUCGUAUACUGCAAGAAACGGAGCACUGACAACGGUCCUGGCUCGAAGGUGUUCAUUCGCAGGGCACAUUUAGUGCAGGGAGCGAGAGACUUCCAAGCUUUACGGACACAAAAUGACCCUGGCAAAGAGGAGCAGCUCGAGAGAGUCGUUAACCAAGUCCUGGAAGGUUGGAAAGUGUACGAGGACGUAUGGCAGACAGCAUAUGACCAGUAUGGUCCAGUGGGAGGCAGUGUCGUGAACAGAUACAAGCUCGGCAGACAAAAGCAAAAGUGGAAGAAAGCCGGCGCUCUGGAGAACAUCAACACUGCGAAUCGAGCUCUGGAUCACGCCAAGAGAGGCGAUAACCUCGAUGAACACUUUGAGAAGCGCAAGAAGGAGAUGGAGAGGGCCGAACAACCCAAGGCGGGUGUCAUGACUGGUGAAGACGACCCUGCUGUCAAUGUGCCUCCUGGCGGAGGACAAGUCCAGACCACGUUUGCAAACGAUGAAGCCGAAGAGAAGAAAUUCCUGGCCGUGGAUGACGAAGGCCAUGAUCAUCGCAAGUCGGAAUCUUCGACGUUUGUUGCGACGAGUGACGAGGAUGAUAAGAGAGGCCGAAGUGGUUACAUGUCUGCCACACGUCCGGAUGGUGAUCACGAUGAGAUGCUGAAGAAGAAGUUUGCCAGUGGUGGUGGACGUAAGCCUCAGAUGGGACGUUUGACGACAGCCUGAUGAAACGGGGGUUUUUUGCAGCAUAUGUGCAUGUGGGCCUUUUCUUGUUUCUCUGAUGAGCGUGGCGUUGCAUGAUCAUAAUCUGAACCAUAGAGGUGUUUGGUUGGUUGGCUUUGUUGCUUUGCUUUGCUGUGCUUCUUCUGAUGACGAUACUGCAUGAUACCAUUAGAUUUUUUAAAUUGCUGAUUGUAGAAUAUAUAAAUGUACAUACACCAACAACUACUG